AUGCUUUCGCGAACCGCCCGCCCGGCGUGGAAGGCCGGCUCUGCCGUCGUCCGUGCUCCCGCCAAUGCCGCCAACUUCGCUACCCUGCGUGAGAUCGAGGGCCGCCUGAAGUCCAUCAAGAACAUCGAGAAAAUCACCAAGACCAUGAAGAUCGUUGCCUCGACCCGUCUCAACAAGGCCCAGCGCGCCAUGACUCUCUCCAGAGCGUACGGUGAGACGUCCGAGUCCGUCUUCGAAAAGGCAGAGACCAAGCCCCUCGAGGACCUCAAGACCCUCUACGUCGUCGCCAGUUCCGAUAAGGGUCUCUGCGGUGGUAUUCACUCCGGUCUCAGCAAGGCCACCCGCCGCAUGAUCUUGGAGAAGCCCGACGCCGACAUCGUCGUGCUCGGAGAGAAGUCCAAGGCCCAGCUCUCCCGAUCCAACGAGGGCAACCUUGUUCUUUCCUUCGCUGGUGUUGGCAAGGACGUUCCCACCUUCGCUGAAGCCCAGGCCAUUGCCGACCAGAUCUGCCAGCUGCCCACCGACUACGCCAGCAUCAAGAUCGUCUACAACAAGUUCAUCAACGCCCAGAGCUACGAGCCCACCACCGUCGAGGCUUUCUCCGAAGAGGCCAUCAUCCAGUCCCCCAACGUUGUCGCGUUCGAGGUCGACAGCGAGGUUCUUGCCAACCUCCGUGAGUAUGCUCUUGCCAACAGCUUGUACUGGGCUUUGGCUGAGGGACACGCUUGUGAAAUCUCUGCCCGUCGUAAUGCUAUGGAGAACGCAUCCAAGAACGCCGGUGACAUGAUCCAGCGAUUCCAAAUUCUCUACAACCGACAGCGUCAAGCCGCCAUUACCGGUGAAUUGGUUGAGAUUAUCACUGGUGCUACCGCCUCCGAGGACAUGUAA